AUGCCUCGCUGCUCCCUUGCUCUUAUGCUCCCCCAUGCCCUGUCCACGCUUCCACUCCCAUUCCCCCCCGCUUCCACUCCCCUUCCCCCAUGCUUUCACUCCCCUUCCCCCACUGUUCCACUCACCCUUCCUCCACCUUUCCACUCCCCUUCCCGCAUGCUUCCAAUGCAACAUGCAUCACUAUUACACUCCCCGUCCCUGACGGUUCAUCUCCCAUUCCCCCACGGGAACACUCCCUUUCUCCCACGCUUCCACUCUGCCUUCCCCCACGCUCCCACUCCCCUUCCUCCACGCUUUCACUCCCCUUCCCCCACCGUUCCACCCCUUCCUCCAUGCUUCCACUACCCUUCCCCCACACUUCCAAUUCAACAUCCCCACUCACUGUUACACUCCCCUUCCCGGAUGGUUCAUCUCCCAUUCCCCCACGGCAACACUCCCUUUCUCCCACGCUUCCACUCCGCCUUCCCCCACGCUCCCACUCCCCUUCCUCCACGCUUUCACUCCCCUUCCCCCACUAUUCCACUCUCCCUUCCUCCAUGCUUCCAAUCCCCUUCUCCCACGCUUCCAGUGCAACAUCCCCCACUAUUUCACUCCCCUUCCCCCACUAUUUUACUCCCCUUCCCCCACAGUUUCACUCCCCAUCGCCCAUUGUUUCACUCCCCUUCCCCCACUGUGUCACUGCCCAUACCCCACUAUUUCACUCCCCUUCCCCCACUGUUUCACUCCCCUUCCCCCACUGAUUCACUCCUCAUCCCCCACUGUUUCACUCCCCUUCCCCCACUGUGUCACUCCCCAUCCUCCACUAUUUCACUCCCCUUCCCCCACUGUUUCACUCCCCUUCCCCCACGGAUUCACUCCUCUUCCCCCACUGUUUCACUCCCCUUCCCCCAAUGUUUCACUCCCCUUCUCCCACUGUUUCACUCCCCUUCCCCCAUGCUCCCCUGCACCCAUACUCCCAUGCUCUCCUGCACCCAUGCUCCCUUGUGA